AUGCGCGGCAUCUGCCAGCUGUCUCGAAGAUGGCACCAACAAUUCUGUCUGUCUCCGAGCUUCGCGGGACAUCAGCUCUGCCUGCAACAUCUCCAACCGGUCCGCCAGUAUCGCCAAACUGCUCGAUCGCGCCCUCUUCCUCCUCACAGACCGGCCACCGCGCCUCUGGGACGGCCAGAUAUUCAUGAGUUUGAACAGCAAGGCGAGGAUGCGUCCACAAGACUUCCGGUCCGCGACCUUCUGGAUGAUGAAACGCAUGCCCUGAAGGCAGAGCUGAAUAAAUUGGAUCGCGAGCUCGCGGUCAUGCGAGAAGGACCCUUCGGACCCAACAGCGAGUUCAUGCGAUCAUUUUCUGUCGAUGAGAGGGAGGAACUACUGAAAGCACUCGAAGAAGAGGGUGUCAUGCCUCCCGAAGAUCUGGAUCUGAUAUCCGAUGAAGAUCUGGAUGAGUUGGCAAAAGAGGAGGAGGGUAAGAAACAAGCCACGACGCCCAAGUCAGCCCUGAAGGUCACCCUUAGCAUCCCCAUAAGAGAUAAGAUCUAUGUCAAGCGAUUUAACGCGGCAUUGGAAUCCGCUCAACAGAAAGACGACGAGAAGGCCUAUUUUGCAUUGUGGAAGUGGUAUCUACGUUGCCAACAACACGUUCUGAACUUUACCAUGAUACUGCCCGAGGAUGUCUGGCAUUUCCUCUGGAAGUCGCAGAGCACUGCUUAUUACAGGCCCCGACACCUUCAGAUGUUGGGCAAGGAUAUGAUCAAAGCAGAUGUGCCGCUCGAGGACAAAGAGUGGAUUGAAUAUAUCGAUGCCCUGCAGGCUACGGGAAAUAUUGCCGCUGCGAUCGAAGCAUGGGAAUCACAGAGGCCUCGGUUAGGUCUUGAAGACAAUCUUGCUGAAAUGUUCUGGGUCACCGGUGUCCGGCUUUAUGUGCAACUUGGAAAGCCGCAGAAGGCGCAGCGGUUAGCAUUCGAAUGCUACGACCACACUACCAUGAUUGACCCAGAAGUUCUUGUCAUGGUAAUUGCUGCAUGGGCCAAAAGUCAAAGCCCUUCUGCUGCGUCCAAGACAUGGUUCUGCUACCUAGAGCUGCGCAAGAGGCUGGAGGGCAGGGAAGACCAGAAGACGACUUUGGAUGUUUUGGGCCGAGUCAGUAGCGCCUUACUCGACGCCGGUCGUGUUGAACUUGCUCUUGCGGUCUUCAAAGAUAUGUUCAUGCUUACAGCCAAGUCGCCGACCGACUCUCUAAGAGUCUUUAGAGAGCUCAGCAAGGAGGUAAGCCACCCUGAAUCACCGACUGAGGACCUCGUCAAUCAGAUCGGGCUUUCUUCACUGGCCAUAUUUCCCCGGAGCUUUCACAACAAAUAUCUUUUCGCUGCUUGGAUCAAGUGGCUCCUUGGUGAGGGGAGGACGGACGAGGCUGCUCUGGUGGUUGACCUCAUGUAUGAACGUGGGAUCAGACCCGAUGCUGGGCCUCUGAACGGCCUUGUAGCGGCUUGGUUUCGUCAAGGUUCGCCAACUGCCCGCCAAAAGGCCGAAGAGACUGCAUGGGCCAUGAUACAAUCCCGAAUUGAACUGGUCCAAAAGCGGCUUUUAGAGACAAACGACACCACUGUAGAUAUCGCCUCCCAGAUUGAGCCCCGACGGCCACCUUUUUUCCUCAAACGGGGUGCGCCAGCUGCAACCAUUGAGACCUUUUCCAUCUUGCUACAACACUACACUCGCCGAUCAGAUUUGGCAAAUGCCAGUCAUCUUACCGACGUCAUGACCGGUUCGGCUCAGAUCAAACCGAACUCAUUCAUAAUGAACCAUUGGCUUUAUGCUUCACUUCGAUCUGGCCAGAUCGCAGAUGUCUGGAGGAAAUACUCGACAUUGAGGCAAUCCAUCUCCCCUGACCUCGAGACGUUUGCGGCCCUUUGGGACACGGCCAAGAACUGUUAUGCAUUUCCUCACCGUCACCAAGGAGAGUUUCCCCCUGCGCGAAUGCUCUUCGCGGAGAUGCAAGAAUGGUUUGGCGGACUCGACCUCAAGAAGAAAUCGGCCGCCAAAGUUGACUUCUCUUCUGAACUGUACGAACAGAUUAUCCGCUGUUUCUGCCUCUCCUCUGACCCGCAAGGCACCCUCUGCGCGCUUCAUGGUCUCCGCGGGUCUUUCGACAUGUUGCCCCACGAGGAAGUCAGCCGGUUGAUCAUUAUGCAGGUAGCUCGCUCCUUCGCAUCCGACUUUGCACCACUCUCGGCCCGCGCUCGCGGCUUGCGGAUGAAGAAGAACCUACAGUAUCAAAGCGCGGUGAAGACCCUCACGGAGAUUGUAGUCGCAAUCAGCGAUAAAAUGGUGCAAGAGAGGGACGUCGACCCCGAGGCGGUGGAGCAGAUUGAAAGCCAACCUGCAAGGGAACUUCGACUCGACGUGUUAUCUGCGUUUCUGUGCCUCGUGAUCGAGAAGAGAGCGAAAGGCGUGGCUGCGGCAGACGUGGCACAGGAGGUCCUUCGCGUUGCGGAGCAGAUGAAGAUGUCGUCAAUCCCUCCCGAGGCGCUGGUGCGGCGUGAUUGGAGCGACAUUGAAGUUUCAUUGUAA